AUGCUGUCAGAUAACAUUAAACAAAAGAGCGAAAAGAAACUCAUUGCUGAUUUCGACGCUGUUUCAUUAUAUCCAUCCGCUAUAGCAAGAUUGUAUACUUUAGAAGGAAUUCCAAAAGUAUUGAAGGAUGAGAUGUUAAGCACAGAGUAUCUCAUGAGACAUUUAUUCGAUGACGACCAAAAGGAACCCAUUGGUGAAAAGUUUAUGUCUGGCUUCUUUGUUCUCAUUAAGAUAACAGAGAUUGGUAUACACAGACACUUUCCUUUAAUAGUUUGUGACCCUGAACUAAAUCCAGAACUUAACGUUCCCAGAAGUUCAAACACUUGCUGUUUAAUGUAUGUUGACCAUAUAACAUUACAAGACCUCAUAAAAUAUCAAGGUGUCAAAUGUGAAGUGUUGCAAGGAUACUAUUACGAUGGAAACAGAGAUUUGAGAAUAAGAGAUGAAGUUAAGAAAUUGUUUGAGUUAAGGUUAAAGUAUAAGAAAGAAGAAAACCCAUUACAAGAAAUUAUAAAACUCAUUCUGAACAGCAUUUAUGGCAAAACCAUUUUAUCUCCUAUUGAGUCAAAAAUAACCAUAGUAGAUGACAAAGAUGCUAUAAGAUAUGCUAUAAGAAAUUACAACCAUAUAGUGAAGUUCGAAGGUUUGGAUAGUUCAGAUAAAACUAUUUUCAAGCUAACGAAAAGCAUUUGCAGACACUUUAACUUCUGUCCACUUGGUGUUAACAUUCUAUCUAUGUCGAAGAGAAUAAUGUGUGAAGUAUUCUGUACUGCUGAAGACUUAGGAAUGGACAUCUUUUAUAGCGAUACCGACAGUAUGCAUCUCUACAAUGAAGAUAUCCCUCGUUUAGCUGAAGAGUUUGAGAAAC